CAGAGCUUGGAUCACCAAAGACCCUUUCUCAGUGGAGAAUGACUACAACCCCCAGGAAUCAACUGGCCUGAGAGGAAGGCUCGUCUGAGGAUGCGUAGUAAGGACGGCUGACCCGGAAGCCGGAAGUUCAAAGGAGGCAGCCAGCUGGAGUUGCGGCCUCCGCGAGCUACCGCCUCGGUGGGCGGAGUUAUGCUGAGUCUGAAGAUUAGAGGGGGACAUCAUGCCAACCGCCAAGCAACUGGCUGACAUUGGCUACAAGACCUUCUCCACCUCCAUGAUGCUCCUCACCGUGUAUGGGGGCUACCUCUGCAGCGUCCGGGCCUACCAUUACUUCCAGCGGCGCAGCUCCCGGCGCCAGGCUGCGGAAGAGCAGAAGACCUCGGGAGUCCCCUAGGAGCAGGGACGUUUUUCUUGAGCAGAGAGGCCUGAGGCAUGCUAUGGAAAGACCUCACCUGCAAUCAUUUCUGAGUCAAGAGAACUAGAGCCUUAAUGGUUUCUGAACUCUGCUGGGAGAAAGUGCCCAUGUUUUUCUCUGGUGCCGCCAGUUUGGAGAGGCUGGCUGUCAAGUCACAGCAGGAAUGGGAGGGUGAGGCACACCUACAGACAUUAAAUGUUUUGCCCCGUC